GAAACACAGAAUUUCUUCAAGUAAUUUCAAAUGAGAAGUGAAUUGUACGUGGGACGUAUAAAACCCAACCCAAAAAUGAGGGGUUUACCGUACACACUGUGAUGAGUGGAGACUGAAUGAAGGGGGUUACGAUGACAUAUAGAGUCACAUGGGGAGAGGUGAGAUGAGACGAGACGAGAUGAAAUGUAAAGAGAAAAAGUUGUUUUAGGGAGAGAGGGAGAGUUAGACGAGAUUACUUGCCAAAAAAAUAGAGAGUUAGAUGACAUCUGUUGUGUUAGGGAGCACUAUUCGGGGUUUUUCAAAGCCCUCUCUCAUAAAUUACUGGUGGCUCUCUGGUCUUUAGUUCAGGUGAUGAGGCCAAAGAAACCCCCAUUUUCUGCUCUCUCUCUUUUUUAAACUAAUCCGAAACCAAAUCUCUUUCAAACCCUAAUUCUUUAGUCAUUUUCUAAUCUCUUUGCAUGUUGAUUGCUACAUGCAUUGCAAUGAAUCUGAAGCAUUCAAUGGAUGGCUUAAAUGGUAAAGUUGAUACUUUAAAUGCAUUGACUUAUUAAGUAAGUUAAGCAGUACUUGCAACGUAAUUGGCAGCAGAUGGAAUUUAAUAUGCAUGGCUGGUCCCAAGUUGUCUUGGAAGUUAUUCAUAGAGCAUAGUUAGGUUCUGUAUAUCUAGUGAGACUGCUCUUAUUUGAUAGAAAUGCCCUUCAGAACAUCAAUCGAAGAUUUUUGUGAUGAUGAUUUUGAGGGAUCACAUGAUGAGCACCGUAUUUUCUCAGAGGUCUUCUUCGGAAAUGGCACUGUUGCCACAAGUAAGAGGUGUCUUGUUACUGGACUCAUUAACUUCGAACAUGACAAUAUUAAGAAUAGUGAUACAUUCUUAUGUUCUAAUAGUGAAAAUUCAUCAGUGACAACACAGUGUUCUAAACGUUUGUUUGUGGAGAAUUCUUAUAAUGCAAAUGAAAUUUCUGGAGGUGCUUUGGGGUCAAAGUGUUUUCUGGAAAGAUCUGCUUUAAGAGAGAGAGAUGACCUGAAUUUGGCUGUCAAGCGAAUGAAGUUUUCAGUUGAUGAGCCUGAAAUGAGAAUGGUUAUGAAUUCAACAUCAAUAGAAAAAGUUGUUCCUGGCUCCUCCUCUCCAGCUACAGAGUCAGUGUGUCAAGUGGUUAAGCUCCAUUUAGUUGAAUCAUCCAGUCAAGGAGUUACAUCUGGUUGCUAUUUGUUAAAUCAACAUGGAGAAAGACAUAGUGAGGCAAGUAACCCACAUGUAACAAAGCAAGAAUUGCCAAGCUUAGAUGGACAUGAUGCAAAAGAAGUGGUUGUAGCUAAAGCUAUUGCAUCACCUACUUCCCAGGAGAGUUUUGUAACCAGGCUUGUGGUUGCAAGCCCAUCUAUCACUGUUGCUGAGAAAUGUGAAUCUGCUCUACAUGUUAUAGAAACAGCCAAUGAAUCUAAUUCAUUGGGAUUGGAUGCUUCUGAUAAUUCAUUGAAGUUUGAUCCCAAGACAGAUCCACGACCUCUUCUUCAGGAUCAUAUUGUUCGCUUAUUUACCAAUGCAGGCUGGCAUAUUGAGACACGUAAAAGACCUAGUCGAAAAUAUAUGGAUACAGUUUACAGAUCACCAGAGGGGAGGUUAUUUCGCGAAUUCCCAAAAGCUUGGAGAGAGUAUGGUCAGACUUUAUACGCUGAAAGGUACAAUUUGGUGCGGGAAGAUGAGGGUAAGGAAUGGACUGAUAUUAAUCAUUUCUAUACUGAUUUAUUAGAGACGUUAACAAAUAUUAAGAAAGAAAUGAAUCACUCAGAUCUUGCUGACAUUUUGGCUCAUCAUUGGAAUCUUUUAGAUCCCUUUGUUUUUGUUAUAUUUGUCGAUAGAAAGAUCGGUUCACUUAGGAAGGGAGAAGUUGUAAAAGCAGCACAGAGUGUACUAGUUGACAAGAGGGAGAAAGAUGAGGCUGUUUUGGCCCUUGAAAUGGUAGAUUCUUUGGAAACUAAUUUUUCACAGGGACAGAUGCCUGUUCAGUUUUAUGAUAGUUCUCUGGCCACUAAAAGUGCACUGACUGUUUCUGAGGGCCACCAUGCCUGUGAUGUGCAAUCUGGUGAUAGAAGUUUUUCAAAGUUUGAUGAACAGACAUAUGAAAGCGGAACUAAGUGUCUGAUGGGUUUAUCUAUCUAUAUGGCUGAUAAAGUAGGUAUGUAUGGGGUAGAUACCACCAAUGUGACAGGUAGUCAGGGUUUUGGUAUGUCUAGGAAGAAAAGCAGUAGCAAUGGCAUGACUUCUUUCCCUCCUUCUGGAUCAGAUAGUACUUGUGUCCAAUCAGGUGGUUGCCUUUAUGAUGUUCCUGGUGCUUCUGAAAAUGUUAACAAUGUCGGGGGGUCUGAAUCUGCUUCACCCCAUCAAGACAGUAACACAAUUUCCCCAAGGGGUGAUAAUUUAAAUUCUGAACAUGAUACAGUAGCACCCAAAGAAGCUUUAGAAGAUGUGUCGAAGCAUUUGUGGGAGGGAAAAGAAAAAAUAUUUGAAAGCCAAGUUACUGAUAAGGUGGAAAGUCAUUUGAAGGGAUCUCCGGAUGACUGUCCACAUCACAGAGAUGAUUGUGUGGUUCAUUCUGAUGAGGUUGAAAAAACUUCUGUUGAGUUUGAUCCUCCUGAGUCUGUAACUUCAGUUGAUGAACAGCAGUGUGGACAUAGUGAAGAUGAGGGUGGGAAGUGCCUUAAAGCUUCAAAGUUAAAAACAAAUGAUAGAUCCUCUUCAGCUGAUAGAGUGAAAAAGAAGACGCGCAGGAAGUCUAGAAGGAUAUCUGAAAUAAAACUGGGCUCACUCUGCCAAAGUGACAUUCUGGGUAUGCCUGUCGCUACUAAAACUGUGUCACUGCACAUUGGUGCAAGUAGCACUCAAUUAGGGGCACAAGAACCUCAGGAGCUCCUUGUUCUGAAUGCACAGAAUCAAGUUAUUCAAAAAGACAUCCCAUCUUUUAGCCCAAACCAGUAUCAGACCGUUAAAAAAGGCUCAAAGUUUAAAAAGAUUCAUCAGAGCUGUGAUGUUACUACAAAUGGACAGAGGAAAUCAGUUGCAUGCGAAAUCAAAGAUGAUGACCUGCUAGUCUCAGCUAUCAUAAAAAGUAAAGAUUACAACCGAAACAAUAGUGGAUCUUCUUUUAAAACAAAAGCCUGUAAAUCAAGAAGGCGGACAAAACUCAAGAACAGAAAAGGUAGUUGCAGAUUGCUUCCUCGAACCCCAUGUAAGGGGGGGAAGCUUGUCAAGAGUAGUAUGUGGUUCAUGGAAGGUACAAGAACCAUUUUGUCCUGGAUGAUUGCUGCUGGUGUCAUAUCUCUCAAUGAUGUGAUCCAGUAUCGAAACCCAAAGGAUGAUGCUGUGAUAAAAGAUGGUCUCGUAACUAGUAAUGGAAUCAUCUGUAAGUGUUGUAAUGAGGUGCUCUCAGUUUCCCAAUUCAAGAUACAUGCUGGGUACAAGCCAAAUCGACCAUGUUUAAAUCUUUUUAUGGAGUCUGGUAAGCCUUUCACUUUGUGUCAGUUGCAAGCAUGGUCAGCGGAAUACAAGAGCAGGAAAAGUGGGACUGGAACUGGAACAGUAGAAACUGAUGAAGAGGACAAAAAUGAUGAUUCGUGUGGACUCUGUGGUGAGGGGGGUGAAUUGAUUUGCUGUGAUAACUGUCCCUCUGCUUUUCAUCUUGCUUGCUUGUCUAUUCAGGAGCUUCCUGCAGGCAGCUGGUAUUGCUCAAACUGCACGUGUUGGGUAUGUGGGGAUUUGGUUGAUGAUAAAGCGGCUUCAAGUUUAUUUGACACAUUUAAGUGUUCUCAGUGUGAGCAUAAAUAUCACAGGGCAUGCCUGAGAGAUCAAAAUGUACACAAAGGAGUGGUUUCUGAUUCUUGGUUUUGUGAUGGAAGCUGUCAGGAGGUUUAUUCAGGUCUUCAUUCUCAUGUUGGGAUCACUAAACAUAUUGCCGAUGGCUUUUCUUGGACACUUCUUAGAUGCAUUCAUGAAGACCAAAAAGUUCACUCUGCUCAACGGUUUGCCCUGAAGGCUGAAUGCAACUCAAAAUUAGCUGUUGCUCUUACUAUUAUGGAGGAAUGCUUUCAGUCCAUGGUGGAUCCAAGAACAGGAAUAGACAUGUUACCCCAACUCUUAUACAACUGGAGCUCAGAAUUUUCACGCUUGAACUUUCAUGGAUUUUACUCGGUAGUCUUGGAAAAGGAUGAUGUUUUGAUAUCUGUGGCAUCCAUCAGAGUCCAUGGAUCAGCUGUUGCAGAGAUGCCGCUAAUAGCUACCUGCAGUAAUUAUCGUCGCAAGGGAAUGUGCAGAAGCCUUAUAUCCUCCAUAGAAGAGAUGUUGAUAUCAUUCAAGGUGGAAAAGCUUGUCAUAUCAGCAAUUCCCACUUUAAUUGACACAUGGACCAAAGGGUUCGGCUUUGAGCUGGUGGAGCCAGAGGAGAAGAAAGCCUUAAAGAAGAUUAACUUGAUGGUCUUUCCUGGAACGGUUCUUCUCAAAAAACCCUUGUAUGGACAUCAAAAAGCUGACAGAAAAUCGGGAAUGAAUGAACCAACUGAAGUAGUUGAGGUGGUCGAAGAGUCUGUCAACAAAGCUGGUGCCGAAAUGAAAAUCCCAGGGAAUGUAGUGCGAAUUGAUCGAAGCAAUGAAGAAGUUAGAGCUGAAAUGGAGGGAAUGGAAUUCAAGAACAUGGAAGAAGAUGUAGAUGAAGAAAAGCAAUCCCAGGAACAAUUUUCAAAGGUGUGCUUGGUUGAAAUGAGUUGUAAUGAUGAAACCCCAUGUAUGGAUGACAAGAAGAAGCCUUUAAAAUGAAAUGAAAUGUAAAUCUUAGAAAUUGUUUUU